AAAUUUACAAUCACGUAAAAUGCUUUUACUCAUUUUUCAGGAUUCAAUACAUAUUUUAAUAAAGUACAAAUACUUGGGGGCGGUGUUACAACCCCUUACCGAUCGGGUAUUCGGGAGUACUGGGCAUUAUCAAAGGCCAAACCCAGUCAUCUUCUCCAAACACUCUCCCAAAUCAACGAAGCCUCUCCCCAAAAUCUCCAUAUCUAAACUUCUGUCUUCCAAUACUCCCUCAAAACUUCACCAAAUUCCAUAAAACAACAUCAAACUCCUCCGAUCCUCCUCAUCACCCAUCCCUAUAAUCCUCAAACUCUCCCCCAAAUUAAAAAUUCGAAAACCCUCUCACACAACUCUAAAUUUUAAAAAACCAACUUUAAGGAGAACGAAGGACACCCAAAUGAUCAAGGGCAAAAGCUUCAUCAUCAUUGAGACCACAACCUCCAGUCCCAGGCCUUGAAGAUGUCACCUUCACGUCACCCAAACUCUAGGCCGGCAAAGUUUUGGCUCAAUCUCAAUGGAAAGUACACGCAUCCUGUUUCUUUUGCCUUGAAACUCUACGUGCUUUGAACCUUUAUGACAUGCUACUUGGAAUUUGUGGAUUUCUGAAUAUGCAUAAACUAUUUGGCUUGAGCUACAACUCCAACGACCGAAUAAUAAUGUAUAAAUUCUUGGGCUCAGUAGAGAGAAUCAAAGAUGAUGAAGAUGAAAAUGAAGACAAACUCACGUCUUAUUUAAUUAAGAAAGAAAAAUCUAUAACAAAAGACGAGUUUGCCAAAUAUGUUGGGUUGCUUUUGAGAGAAAGAGGAAAAUAUUGAUGCUCUAUCGUGUAUGAGAUGUGGAAAUAGAGGACAGGGGCCACCGAAAUCAGUUCUACCAAAUUUUCUAUUAACCAUGUUUAACAUCAGUUUUCUGAAAUUUCAUAAAUUUGUGGGUUGUUUUGUUUGCGGACACCCGAAUAAUCAUCAUACUCGGAUAUGUGAUUUGGCUAUCCUUGCCAUGGCUAUUUUUUAGGGGCUCCAAAGUUAGAUAUAGCCACCUACUUACAGGCUCAUUUGAUAAUGGAGUCAACUGCUCAGGUUGUUAUCAUGGUUGAUGGUAUUAUAGUGCACAUUGCCACAAUGUUCGGUUAUGUGGAUAACCUGCAGUUGUUGAAUUUUGUCUAUUGGAUAUAUCAUCCCUCUCAAAUGUAAGGGACAUAAGCUUUGCCCAUCGCGAUUGUAAGGUAAAGGACUAUUUUAAAUGGCACAUCGAGUCGACGCCGACCCGAUACUUCACCAUUCCCUCAGAUGCCCUACCCGUAAUCACAUUUGAUGCUCAAUCGGGAAAUGGGGGGGGGGGGGGGGGGGGGGGGGGGAUUUUGCCUCUCAAGUUCUAUUCUAGCUCACUACGCCGCAUUAAAUGCUCAAGGAGGAGGAGGAGGCAUCGUAUGUGAUUUUGAUGUUUACACCUUCAUACCUUAAAACAUGUUCGGUCUCCACUUCCUAGUCGUAACAAACUUUCUCUUACUGAUGGUGAGCUUAUUCAUGACUCUACGGAGUAUAGAAGUAUGGUAGGUGCAUUGCAAUAUUUGACUUUGACUCGUCUAGACAUUGCUUUUGUCGUCCACCUGCUGUCUCAAUUUAUGCACGCCCCCCAUACUUCGCUUUUUUUGGCUUUUUAAGUGGAUUUUCAGGUACCUUGAGGACAUAUCUACUCAUGGCUUAGUGCUUCAAUCUUACAAAGGGUCACUAGUUAUUUUUGCUUAUUCUGAUGCUGAUUAGAUUGGAUGUCUUGAUAGUGGACGGUUUAAUUCUGGCUGUGCAAUUUUUCUCGGUCCUCAUUUGAUUUCCCGGCGGUCCAAUAGUAGCCCACUAUCUGUAGAUCCUCCACAGGAGUUGAAUACCGUGUUGUUGCUUUCCCAGUUGAGUACACGCUACACAUCCAAUCUGUUUUAUCCAUGUUCUUACCAAGGUGUUUUCUGAUAAUGCAUAUGUUUCAUAUCUCUUAGAGAAUCAUAUUUCGCAUGUUCACAAUAAACACAUAAAUAUUAAUUAUCAAUUUGUUCGUGAGCGGGUGGCACAUGGAAAUCUUUAGGUUAAAUAUGUUCCUACACAGGCUGAGCUGACACAUAUUUGUACCAAGAGAGCUUGUUUCCACAACGCUUUAUUCUUCUUCAUGGCAAUCUGCACAUUGUUCCUCCUGUACAGAUUGAGAGGGUGCAAUAAUAUAUUUUAUUUUUAUCUGUAAUUGUGGGGACUCAUUUUAUAAUUUUUACUUUAAUCCGCUGAUUGGGUCACCGUGACUUAUUUACAACCUCUUAAAUGUCUUGUCAGGUCAAAAUGUGGAUGGCUCUUAGAGUUGGAGAUUCAACCAUUUAAAAAAUGGUAAUGAUGGAUAAUGUACCCGGGAGGUAGCUUAUCCGAGGGGUUAUUGCGGAGAAUAAAUAGAGAGAAGUCAGAGCAAGUAGCAACAUGGACGUCAGCUCUCAUUUUGCCUUGAAGAAUGCCAAGGGGAAAAAGAAGGGCCCGAUGGGCACUUCUGCCAGGGAGGAGUCCUCCCAAGCCGCUACUGCCGGUGCUGGCGCCGGGGGGUCCAAAGUUGCUGGGCCCUUGAAGAAAAAGAACAAUGGCAAGGGGACCGAGCCCCCGGCCAAGAAGUUGAAAGCCACAGCUCCCGCUAAGCAGCCGACCACUGACGUGGUUGUUAUUGUGGACGAGGGGCAUGCCUCCGCCCCCACCCCUCAGGAGCACAUCAACCAGGAGUUCUUCGAGCGGGAGAAACUGGAGGCGAUAGUGCCGAAGGGGGCUUCUGUACUGGAGGGUAGCCUAAACCCGUCGACGCUGAUGAGCCAGAUGCUACCCUCGGCUGAUCGCUUGGCCCUUGCUAGGAUGGACGAGGGCUCCCUCGAGGCCAAGAUUCUUCUGAACACUGCCUCCAGCUUCAUGGGCCUCUGUGAGCACCUUCGAAGGGUGGAGCAGAUGAAGGAGGCGAAAGGUGCCGCCGAAGGGGAGGCUGCCCUCCUUAGGAAAAGGCUGGUUGAGGCCGAGGAUUCUCUCCGCUUGGCCACCAAUAGCAUGGAGCAGCGGGUGCAAACCGCGAGAGCCGAGGGGAAGAACGAAGGCCUAGCUGAGGCCGGGGAGGCUGCUGCCGAGGCCGCCCGCGCUGCUGCUGAGGAAGCCCGCGUGGCUAAGGAAGAGGCCCUCUCCAGAGCCCAGGAGGAUGCGAUAGCCGGCUUUACCGCCGAGGGGUGGAAAGCAUAAGAACAGAAAGUGUGGCUCUCCUCGGUGGUGGAGGCUUCGGUGGAUAACUGGGUUGGAGGCCCCGACAAAAUGUGGCUUGCUGAGAAGGGCGACUCCUAUUAUCAAGGUGGGGAGUUUUUUACCCAGCGCCUUAUUUACCGAAAGCUCGCCAGGCACUUCAAGCUCUCGCCGGAGGAGUUCCAGCCCGAGGCUUAUGGCCUCCCCCCCUCGGCAACCAGACAUCAGGAUUCCACUCCCCGAAGGCGAAGAGAGACCAGUGCUAGAAGACUCGGAGACUCUGAGGGAGUGCGGCCUCGGGGGUGACGAGGAUGAGGCCGAAGGCGAGGCCACUUCAAAAGCUGCCGAAGGGGGCGACGUUGUAGCUCCCCUCUUAUAAUUUGUAUUCCCAACAAUUUUUGUAAUCAUACUGCUCUACUUUUGGCUUUGGCCCUUAUGAACAUCCUGCCCCGUGUUUUGGGUGAAAUGAUGCCUCCGGGCUUUUGUAUAUAAUUCGUUUCCCUUUGAUUGUUUUUCUUUGAAUGUAUGCCUUCGUUUUUUUUAUGUAUGCCUUCGUUUUUCUUUGUGGAUGAAUGCAUGCUUGUGCGGUACUCUGGCCGGGGGGCAAAAUUUUAGGACUUAGAAAAUAUUUCUCCAAGUAUAGUGCAUCCCGUAGCCCUCGGCUACUAGGCCCAUUUAGUCAUCUGAAUGUCUCACUGAGGGCCACACGUUCAGGACUUAGAAAUCUUUUCUAAGUGUUGUUCAUCUGUUGGCCCUCGGCUAAUUUCUUCCCUCUGGUUCUGUGCAGCCUUCAUGAGAUAACCGGAGGCAAGGCGGUUGGGACUUAGAAAAUUUCUUCUAAGUGUUUGAAUACCGUCUGGCCUUCGGUACGUGGGCACCCCUCGCUGCAUGGAUAUAUAUCCGAGGGCCCAAAAUAUUUAGGACUUAGAAAAUAUUUCUAAGUGUAGUUUCACCAAGCCUUCAACCGUGUGGCCCCUCUGGCUGCAUGGAGAUUUGACCGAGGGUCAAAAAUAUUUAGGACUUAGAAAAUAUUUCUAAGUGUAGUUGUAUGGGGUAGGAGCCUUCGGGUGAAUGUGAGGGCUUUGUCUCAGGUGUGCCUUCGGUUGACCGGUGACUCGACAGGGGGCAAAGUAUUUAGGACUUAGAUUAUUUUCUCUAAGUGUUGUUUCU